AUGUCUGAAAACGAAAACGCUUCAAAAAUAAGCGCUGACAAAGAGGUUGAGAGUCAGACGCCUCCUCCACAGAACGUCUACGACGAUCCUUCUGGAGCAGCUGCUAAAGAAGAACCCCUUCCCCCAGUCCCAGAGAAACCAGCCACAGCCUAUCUCUUAGUUUCUAUUCUGUGUCUUUUGGUUGCUUUCGGUGGCUUUGUGUUCGGAUGGGAUACGGGUACCAUUUCCGGUUUCGUGAACAUGAGCGACUUCAAAGCUCGUUUUGGUCAGCAAAAGGACAAUGGUGAAUAUUACCUGUCGAACGUCAGAACUGGUCUGAUUGUUGCUAUCUUCAACGUUGGUUGUGCCAUUGGUGGUAUCACCCUCGGUAGACUUGGUGACAUUUACGGAAGAAAGAAGGGUAUUUCCAUCGUGAUGGUGGUUUACGUCGUGGGUAUCAUUAUCCAAAUUGCUUCCGUUUCCUCGUGGGUUCAGUACUUCAUUGGCCGUAUCAUUUCGGGAUUGGCCGUCGGUGCCAUUUCGGUCCUUUGUCCUAUGUUCAUCUCUGAAACAUCACCAAAACAGAUCAGAGGUACUCUGGUUUCGUGUUUCCAGCUGAUGAUCACCUUGGGAAUCUUCCUUGGUUACUGUACCACUUACGGAACUAAGUCAUACUCCAACUCUGUUCAAUGGAGAGUUCCUCUUGGUUUGUGUUUCGCAUGGGCCUUGCUUUUGAUGUUCGGAAUGAUGCUGAUGCCAGAAUCACCAAGAUACUUGGUUGAAUACGGAAAGAUCGAGGAGGCUAGAGCUUCUCUUGCCAGAGUCAACAAGGUCACCGUUGACCAUCCAUUCGUUAACGACGAGAUUGACAACAUCUACAACGGUAUUGAGAGGGAAAAGCUGGCCGGUAACGGAUCUUGGGCUGACCUUUUCACUGGUAAGCCAAAGAUUUUCUACCGUGUCUUCGUCGGUGUCCUUUUGCAAUCUCUGCAACAGCUGACUGGUAACAACUACUUCUUCUAUUAUGGUACCACUGUGUUCAAGGCUGUCGGUAUGAACGAUUCCUUCGAGACCUCCAUUGUUCUUGGUAUUGUCAACUUUGCCUCCACCUUCGUGGGUCUGUGGGUCAUUGAGAGAUUCGGUAGAAGAAAGACGCUGCUUGGUGGUUCCGUCCUUAUGACCGCCUGUUUGGUUGUGUUUGCAUCUGUCGGUGUCGCCCGUCUUUAUCCUAACGGUUAUGACCAACCAACAUCCAAGGGUGCUGGUAACUGUAUGAUCACGUUUGCCUGUUUCUUCAUCUUCAGUUUCGCUACCACUUGGGCUCCAGGUGUGUACGUUGUUGUUUCUGAGACCUACCCAUUGCGUGUUAGACAAAAGGGUAUGGCUGUGGCCACCGCUGCCAACUGGAUGUGGGGUUUCUUGAUUGCUUUCUUCACUCCGUUUAUUACCCAAGCCAUCCACUUCGCAUACGGUUACGUGUUCAUGGGCUGUGUGAUCUUCUCCCUCUUCUUUGUGUAUUUCUGCGUUCCAGAGACAAAGGGUUUGACCUUGGAGGAGGUUGAUGACAUGUACGACCAGAAGUUCACUCCAGGUCUUGCAUUCAAGAUGUGA